UUCUCCCCAUUGUUUCAAAUUGUCUCUAUUUCUCAUUUGAUUGCUUAAACAAAGGGCUAUAUAUUCUGUCCAUUUUAUCUCACAACCGACCUGCUGAUUUUGUGCGGAGGACGCCAUGAUGCAUGUCACCACUGCCCUAGUACUUUGUAGCACCAUAGCACUCGGCUUAUGUAAUGAAUGUCCAGAUGAGGAGUGGAAGCGACUCGAAAACAGUUGUUUCUUUUUCAGUACCGAGGAACGAUCGUGGACUAGUGCCCGGGACUUUUGUCACAGAAUAUCUGGUGUUGAUGCAUACCUAGUGUAUAUCCUAUCCGAGACGGAAAACGAUUUCGUUAAGGAUAGAUUAAACACCUACAAUUAUGAGCAUUUCUUUCACAUUGGAGCAACAGAUACGGGACAUGAGGGAGUGUUCUCUUGGGAUAGGACCAGCAUGUCCUUAACUUACACUAACUGGUCGACUGAUGAACCUAACCAAGCCGGUAACGAAGACUGUACGGAAAUGAAUCCUGGCACGGGAACAUGGAACGACAUUCCGUGUUCCGAGAGUCAGCGCUUUGUUUGUAGGAUGGAGUUGUAGUCCGGGACAGACGUUCCCAUCCGGUCGUAGCGAAACUACAAUACGUUUAUAUACUACUUAUAAUUACACUUGUUCUCAUUGACUGAUUUCGAAGUUCAUAUUUGAGCUAGAACGUUAGUUACAUUAUGUUUAAAUGUUAAUCGAACAAUAUGAUGUCGUCAAAUGUUUGCGUACAAGUAUAAUACGAAGGGUAAUUCUAUUGAAAAUAUAUUUGUUUUUAAUCAGAGCGAUACAUUUCUAUUUCUAAUCUAUCAGCAAUAUUUUUGUCAUGUCAUUGCUAACUACAUUUUCAAAUACUGUCUUUAAUUGAUCAGUCAUCUUUUCUCAUAAUAAUUUGUUUUAAUAAAAACAACUGCUUCAGAA